AAGAAAGCCCUAGCUGAACGUAUCUCCAAGCCAUAUAUCAUCAAUGUCAACUCGAUUGGGAACAAUCAGCUUCUUCUUCAUCAUCAUCAUCGUCUUCCUGGUCAUGCUUUUCGUGGGAGCUUCAGAGGCUCGCAAUCUUCAGCCCCGCUUCAUUAUCGCUGAACAAAUCCAAAUAAUUCAUGACAACCAAAUUGAGGAAUACGAUCCACUCAAGGAGGAUGCCAAGUUAGCAUAUUUUGGUGACCUAAUCAAAGACAAUGCCAAAUCAGCAUACUAUGCUUACUUGCAUACCAAGCGUCUAAACAUAUUCGGCACAGAUUGGCUAUGGAGGAUUGAUUUCCUUUUCUUUCUUGCUUUUUUCUCUUUCUUGUUUACCAAUCUAUGUUUUAGGGCUUUCUUUUGCAUCGCAAGCAAAUUUUCUGUUAGGUUUACUAAAUAUGUCUGAUACUUGAGAUUAAUUAAAUCUAUAAGAUUUUGCACGUUAUUGUCAUGGUUUGAAUAAAAACAAUAUAAUUGAUCAUAGAGGAUA